CCCUUGAUGAUAUCUUUGUCUACCACGUUCCGGAACGUUAUGGUGUCGUGCAGACGUCCAUUUAUUGGUAUUUUUCGGCUCCAUUUGGUUGAUCGUCAGAGAAUUUCGAUACGACACCAACUUAGCAAAUUUCUCCUAAGGAACUGUGAUAGCGGUCAAAGCAUAAUGACGGAUUGUAAACGUAGCUGUGUGAGAAUAGGAACACACAAUGGAACUUUUCACUGUGAUGAGUCUUUAGCUUGCUUCAUGCUUCAACAGCUUCAUCAAUACAAAAAUUCAGAAAUAAUUCGUACUAGAGAUCCUGCUCUCCUCGAAAUCUGUGACAUCGUAGUUGACGUUGGUGGAGUGUAUGAUCCAUCUCGACAUCGUUAUGAUCAUCAUCAGAGAUCGUUCUCAGACACCAUGAAUUCAUUGAAUCCUGAAUUGCCAUGGACUAUUAAACUGAGCAGUGCUGGUUUGGUUUACUAUCACUUUGGUAAGCAGGUUAUCUCAACGACCCUUGACCUUUCACCUGAUGAUCCUGAUGUGACCUCUAUUUAUAACAAAGUCUAUGAGAACUUUCUUCAAGAGGUAGAUGCCAUUGACAAUGGUAUAAAUCAAACAGAUGAGAAACCAAGGUAUGCUGUAACAACCAAUCUGAGUUCUAGAGUGGCACAUCUUAAUCCCUCAUGGAAUGAUACACAACAAGACUUUGAGAAGACCUUUUGUUUUCUUCAGAGUGGUUUUCUAAAGGCAGUAGCAUUGACAGGUGAGGAGUUUCUUGAUAGAAUCAAUUAUUAUGCCAAGGUAUGGCUACCAGCUAGAAGCGUCGUCAAGACAGCACUUCAAGAUAGAUUCAAUGUUGAUGCAUGUGGUGAGAUCAUCACCUUCCCACAAGGAGGCUGUCCAUGGAAAGAACAUUUAUUUGAAUUAGAACAGGUCUUAGAAUUAGACCUACCAAUCAAAUAUGUCCUCUACCCAGACAGCAAUGGUGCAUGGAGAAUACAGUGUGUACCCAUAAACAAACAUUCCUUUGAAAAUAGACUAUCUCUUCCUGAAAAGUGGCGUGGUAUCCGUGAUGAAGCACUGAGUGAGAUUACAGGUAUCUAUGGAUGCAUCUUUGUCCAUGCGGGAGGCUUUAUUGGUGGCAACAAGUCAAAAGAGGGAGCCCUUCAAAUGGCUAGGAAAUCACUUCAAUUAGGCCAAGAAAUGGACUGAAAAUUGUUCUACCUGCUUCUCAUUGCUGUUAAUAUGCUUCCAGGGGGCCGUUUCUUAAAGUCGUUCUUAACUUUUGAACAGUUUUGUGAAACACCCACCAGUUCCUAUUUAUUGUGUGUCACUCUAGGUGUACUUGCACCUGAAAGCAGCCGGAUGGGUGGAUAAUCAACAACCCCUCCUAAACAUUUUCCAGGACCAUGUUGGAGGUAAUAAAGUGCUGUCAUAACACACAGGGGUAAUCGAGUAUCAAUGACAAGUCCUAGGUCACAUGAUCAAUGUCAGAUGUAAUUUCGGGUUGAUGAACGUAGUAUUGUAUCAUUAUAUGAAUGGUGUUUUUUGUUAAUAAUUAUUUUAUAGUAGUUUUCAAAGUCAGCACUGCUGCUAUACUGAAACGCAUAAUGCAGGUGAGACUGCCAGAGGUGCUCCACUUGUUAUUGGAUAAACUUACUGAAUUUACAGCUUGACUGAGAUAAAAUAUCUGAAUAUUUUUGUCUUGUCUAUAUGAAACCUACAUGGAAUACACCCAAAAUUUGGGGAUAUAAUUCAAUUUGUAAAGUAAAUUGCUCAUAAAAAAUAACUUACAGAGAGAGAGUACCAGAUUCCAAUCUCAUGUCACUCAUAUUGGAAUGUUAUAUGGUACUGACUCUUUAUUAAAGUUUAGACAGGCUUUAUUAACUUGAAACAACAUCAACUGACUUUCUUGAAUGAUUAAAUGUCAUUCCAAUGCAAGUCCUUCACAUUUGCUAGUUUGUAUUCUUAGCAUGAGACAAGAUUUUAAAAAGGUUUUUAUUUUGAUUCCCGAUAUGGUUGUCUCAAAUUCAGCAGUUCAGAUUUGCAAGCAAAGCUGGAAAUGUAUUUUUGAUGGCAUCAUGUUAUUAAUACAAAACACAAAAGCUUUCAUGCAUAUUGUUCAUGGAAGGAUGUAUUAUGUGUUUUUAACCAUUUCACUCUACAUGGUGGAGUGGGCAGUUAUUUGAAAUUGAAUUUAAUUGAAUUAUGGAACAUAAUGUAAGUGCAUGUCAGACCGAAAAUUGCCUCAAAACAUGUUUUUUCUGUACAAAGUAAAUACAGUUUCUGCGCAUGCCACUGUGCAAAUUUUUGUUACUAUUACAUGAUCUGUGGCCGAUAUUUUAAGCAGGCCAUAACCCAGCCCCCUAACCCUCCCCAAUAGUGACAAGAAUAAAAAUUCCCCAGGACUGUUAAGAUUAAAAGCCUAAGAAGAAGCACAAUUUGCCUUUUUUAAUAAAACCUAGGCUAUUUUAUUUUGCACCAGAUUAUUAUGCCUUUCUUUGUAACCCGUUUGACCCACCUCUCACUAAUUCUCUUGUUAUUCAUCUCUUCCUCAUACCCUCUUAUCAGUUUUGUUCCAGAUCCUGUUUGAUGUUGCCUGCCUCAUUAUCUUGAUCCCUCAUAGCUUAAGGUCUUUCAUUGGCCUUACUUACACUAACUUCACAUUGUGUCUGCCUACUUCUUUUCUUUCAUCCCCUUCACUAACCUGAUUGGUCUUCUCUACUCACUAAUUCCCCUUUUGUCUCCUUGUUUCUAGUGUUGCUGUUGUAUGUCUGUGGUCUAUAUUAUUGUUGUUCCACUUUAAUGUUUGCCAUUUUGCCUCCGACAAAGAUUCUUCUAGGAUCGAAAGCUUAGGCCCCUUUUGACUCACUAUUUUAUUUUGAUCAGUUAAAUCAGUAAGAUUGAAAAUGAUACCUUUAUAAACUUUUUCAAUGAUGCAAAAACAGCCCCCCUCCCACUUAGAUCACAACAAAAGUUGUCAUGCAAUGUCACCCAUUAGGUAAUCUCACAGUCAAUAGUACCUAAAUUUAAGAUAUUGGUUUUUAGUUAAUUAUGUUAAUUUUUGCAGGAUAUCAUAAUUUGGCUGUAAAUAUUUCAAUAUAUCCCCCAAACUAAUUUGGUCUGGAUACUCUUCCAAGGUUUAUUAUCAAAUUUUACUUUAAAAAUUGUAAUAUCAAAUUAUUUGCUAAAGUAUUUUAUCGUUUCUUAUGUAUUUCUAUGUUUUUCGACUUCAUGUUUUGUUGUGAUGGAAAUCGUUGGCAACACUAUUUUCUUUUAAACAGUGAUUGUAAAAAUAAUGAUACACUAAUAAAUUUUGGCUACAUAAAGUAUUUGCAUUGGAUUUGAACAUGAAAUGACGUUAUUGAGCGGUUUUGGGUCUGCAUGCACUAAAGAAAUGUUGCAUAAUUUUGGAACCAUGUACCUGGGGGUCGUAAUUUUGGUCUCAGAUGUAGUGCAAGACUUGAAAGUGACAUCUUAAAAAAAAUUGAAAUUGAUCUCGGGAUCACGACAAAAAUUAGCAUGCGGUCACCCAUGACAUAAUCUCCACAAUUUCAUUGACAAUUGUACCAAAAUUAAAGGUCAAGUCUCCAGAAAAACGUUGAUUUGAAUAAAUAGAGAAAAAUAAAACUAGCAGGACGCUGAAAAUUUCAUCAAAAUCGGAUGUAGAAUAAGAAAGAUAUAUAGUUUCCCUUAUUUUUCACAAAACAGUGAUAUGCACAACUCAGUGACAUGCAGAUGAGUCUGUCGAUGAUGUCCAUCACUCACUAUUUCUUUUGUUUUUUAUUGUUUGAAUAAUGCAAUAUAUGAUUUUUACACAUUUGACAAUAGAUCAACUUGACUGAACCAUGUAUUAAACCAUGCUAAUUGCCCAUGUUCAGGGAGGAAUUAGUCAUUUCACUUGUGGAUGAGGGGAAAAUUAGAGUGUUUCAUAUUUCAUUUAAUAAAAUACAAAAUAAAUAUUGA